UUCACAGGAGCGCCAGGUCCUGUGAUAUUUUGAACAAUCAAGUGACACUUAAUCACUUCCCCAUUAUCGUUAUUUCAACAUCCGUUCAAGCGAUUUAACAGUGGACCUCUUAACAUUAUGUCUGCCUCAAUAUUUUGGAUUUUACUUUUAUACACUUUAGCUUGUGUGGUGUCCAUGACGGAAAGCACCACGUGUUGGUAUAACGGUUAUGACGGCAGAACAUACUUUUACUGUCCGAGCGGCGGCUGUUGUGGAACCUAUGGAGAUCAGUACUGCUGCACGAGAACUGGAACAAUUGUCGGCGCUGUGAUUGGCUGUCUGGCUUUUAUUAUCGUAGUUGCGUCUAUAAUCACGUGUUGUUGCUGCGCGUGCUGUCCGGUCUAUCAGUACAGGUCACAGGGUACAAUUGUAUCCGCUCAUCGCGCAGGACCAAACUACCAGACGAUGCCCGACUCUUCCCCUUACACAUCCCCAUACCCACCAAACACUGGACCUUACACAGCCAAACCAGCGGGCGAAUAUACGGCUCCACCGCCAUACCAAGUUUGAUGCUACUUGUACCAGCCUACACAAAAUCCAAGCACAUACAGAUGCAAACUUUAUAUAACAAGAAUAAUUUGACUACUUUUUAAAAUGUAACUUAUCUGUUCUUCCGGACCAUUCAGGCCUCGAGUCUUUAAAGAAAUCGACCCGUAAAGACGAUCGGCCAUUAUUGUGCCAUUACGUAUUCUGGCGUCCUCUUUCGGCAUUGUUCGGCUCUUAGGACAUAUUAAGGACACAUUUGACUUUCGGAACCAGUCGGUGAAUGCCGAAAUUACAUGCGCAGAACAGGAAAUCAAACAGAAGUUACCGCUUGUCGUUACGUGACUAUUACCUUUACCAUUAGCCUGCUAAACAUGAUUUCUAAAAUGGCCUGGCCCAUCAUUCAGCUUGGGCAAUACCAUUUAUCAUUCGAAUGGAUGUUCAUUGAAAAUUUACUGACUGAAUACCUUGAUCAGCCUACACGGACGUGCAGACUGAUCUUGGUCUGCACUGGGCGCAAAAGCAGAUUCUUGCAUAAAAACUACUUUUUUCACUGGAUCCGCCUAUGUAUUAACGGGAGAAAAAUCGUGUGCAAACAAGGCAAUUCACUUGCUGUUAAUACCCGAUUUUUAUUUUUGAAAUGCUUUCCCAGGGAUGUAUAUGUAAUUCUGCGCAGAUUGACAUCUGGUAUCUGCGUCUUGUUUCUUUCAUAAAAACCUCUUCUUGUAGCAUUAAAAAUGCAAUCUAAACCAUAGAAACGGUUUUACUGUAUCAGUAACUAACGCCAAAUGCGCUGCCCCCAACAUUGUUCGUACUCGUUUCUUCCCUUGUUUACUCCCCUUUAGAACUCGGCGUCAAUUCUGAUUUUGUAAACAACCGUGAAUGUUAAAGAAUCGCGUGUUUACCUGUGCGAUUCUUUGUUUUUAGGAAUCAUAUUUAUGAUUUUGGUAAGUAUCAGUCGGUAUGUUUUUAUCUAAUUUCUCGAAGAAUUUAUAUAAACAGCUUGGAAGCUUGACACUACGUUCGUACUCAUCCGUACUCCAACUGCGUGUCCGUACAAGAUAUAACUCGAAUGUAAAGUUAUUAUUCUUGAAAUUGUGAUCGAGUCCACCAAAUUGUUUUGUGUAAUAACGUCUGCAGAAGCCCUUGGGAUAUGUUUGUGACCUCGACCUUCGGUCUCGGUCACAAACAAUCCCGCGGGCUUCUGCAGACGUUAAUACUACAAUCAGUUACUGCCAGCAGGCUUAUAGUUAAGAUUUAUUCCACAGCAAAACAAUAUACCUUACAAAAAGUUUGAAAUCAUAAAUAAACACUAAGUAACUGGGACCGAUAAUAAACUUUUGAAAUGGUACAGCUGUAGUUGAAUACUAGUAGAGCUAAUAUGUAUGAAUAAUAUUACAAUACAUGUGUAAUGACAAUUUCAGUUAUUUACUAUUAUGUGUAACCGGUACUAAAACGUGUGCAAGAGUGACUGGUACCACCUGUGUACUACAAUGGUUAUUUGAUACAACUAAAUGUAAGCGGUACCACCAUGUAUUACAAUGUGAAAUUAGUAUCAAUAAGUGUGGCUGGUACCUUUAUAUAUUACAGGUGCUGUUAUGUUUGACAGGAAUACUGAUGUGAGAUGGUUAUUUCUAUACUAUGUGUAACCUGUAACUUAAUGUUUCAGGCAACAAAACAUGUAACCGGUACCAAUAAAUUCACUAGUACAUGAAGGUGUGUGUUGACUGGUACCAACGACUUGUACUAAAUUGUUUGUUUGCUAAAAUCAUGUAUGAAAGAUACAACAAAGAUUUUUUAACUAUGAUUUUGCUAGUACCAAUAUAACGUUUUACAAUGUUUGACUUGCAUUUUUUUGUUUAUAAUAGAUCACUUUGUGUUUCAACAUGCAGCAGGCACAAUCUUGUCUGAUUGGUAUAGAUGUGUAUGACCGAUUGUAAAAUGUUUGACUCGAAUCGCUAUGUGAGAGUGGUAUCUCUUUAUGUAAGUGUAACUGCUACCAUUUUGUAUGACUUGUCACAUUGAUACAUAACUGGUGCUAAUACAUAUGAAAAUGCCACAGCAUGAAAUUGGUACCACAUUUUUUGACUGCCACUAGUAUGAAACACAUACUAUAUCACUUAUAUUAAGUCUCCAAUCCGAUUAAAAUCAUCUCCAAUUAAUGCUACGCACCUAGAAUAUGAGGACAGGCUAUUGAGACACCCUUCACCAAUCAGAGCCUUGCUUUCAACAUUUUAAAAGUGAAAGUAGAAGUUUAGAAAAAUCUAUAUUUAACCUGGGAUUCCAGUUUCCGAUAUCUGAUAAGUAAGCUUACGCACGACAAUAAGUUGUUUUUUUCCUAUUUUUCCAUUCGUUUGUAAGUGAUACCUGGGGUAAACUGCCUUCUUAUUAUAAAUGGUAUCAAUUUGUGCUUUAACAGUUAUAUAUGAUAUUUAAGAUCUCUCAGAUGAUAUAGGCAGAUUUGCAGAGUUUUACAGAGGUCUCACGAAGGCCAGUCUCAUGUUGUGACCAUUUGUUUGAGUUGUACUCAGCUGCGAGUUUUCUGCAACGUAGUUUGAAUGUACUUUAUUAUCUUUCUUCAUUGACAAUAUACUACCCUGUAUUCAGUUUAUGUAUGUGUAAAGAAUAUACUUAGAAGCUUAUAAGCAGUAGAUAACUGUUAACUUAUUUUUGUUUGUUGACGUAAAGUAAUGUGAAAUUAGACCACAAAUUAAAUUCGUUUUUAUAAACAAAUGUAAACUUGAUUUCAUUUAGGCAAGCCGAAUCAUUCAUUUAAGGAUUCCAGUUUUGAAUCAUAUUUUUCCUCUGGGCUUAUUUUGGCCGCUCAGAAAAGUUAGUACCGGGAAAAUAUGUUUAUAUUGUAAGAUGAUAUUUAACCAGAUACUUAUGUUGAGUUCAUUGCUUUUCAAACACAUUUAUGAUAAAUAACAUGAACAAAUUUAACUACCUAUUUUAUGAAAAUUCCUAAAGUUACAUUUCAAUCUAAUUCUCAGUUCUCAAAUAGCCUUUUUAUCAAUGAUGUAUCAAAAUAAACAAUUGUUUGUCAUUUAUAUGUAGUCAUCUUUGAGAAAAAUUUUGCAAAUGAUAUGACUAUGUUAUUUACAGUGCAAGUAGAUGUUUCUUCUGUCCAUCUUGGCAUUAAAAUACUUAUAUGUUUUUCAAAUGUUGACUAUUUCAGAUAAAAUUUAAUUACUUUAUUCUAAACAAGAUUUGUAACAGUUUAACUGAUGUCAAGUUUACUCGUGUAACAUGUUUCAUGAGAUGUCAGAUACGUUACCAAUAUUCAUUAGUUACUGUAGUUAAAUCACGAAUCUUACACUAUUAACGUAACAUAAACAAUUGAUAGCAAUUUAAACUUAAAUAGGUUUGAGGAAUUCUCAUAAAUUGAUUACAAAUCUGAUAGUUUACCAAGAAUGCAUAUAUUGGAACCAAAUCCUAAAAUUGCAUGUAAAACUAAGAAAUGUCAUUUUCCUGUACACUCCCCGUUUUUGAACAUUUAUUGUAUCCUUAGGUGACUAUCUGAUAUUAAUUCCAUCACUUAUGCAUGUAUCUAGCUUUUGUUAUUGUAGCAUACUGUUUAUCAAAAUUUAAAAUCAUAUCAUAAAUGUUGUCUGUAAUGGGUAAUAGUAAUACUUUAUCUUUUGAUUUAGCAGACUUAUAUCUUUCAAAUUACUAAUAAAGAUAAGAUUUUCACAUUU